AUGGGUUUGAAGGGAUUCGUCGAGGGUGGCAUCGCCUCAAUCGUGGCCGGCUGCUCCACCCACCCGCUCGACCUCAUCAAGGUCCGAAUGCAGCUCCAGGGAGAGGCCGCGACGGCCGCCGUCCCGAAUACCGCCGCCGCGCUCCGCCCGGCUCUGGCCUUCCAGGCCCCCGGCGCCGCUGCCGUCGCGGGCUUCCACCCCCACCCCGUCCCGCCGCCGCAGCUGCCCCGUCUCAGCCCCGUCGGCGUGGGGAUGCAGAUUCUAAAGGCCGAUGGUCCCGCCGGGCUCUUCGCCGGCGUCUCCGCCACCAUGCUCCGGCAAACUCUCUACUCUACAACCCGGAUGGGCCUCUACGACAUCCUCAAGACUAAGUGGUCCUCUCCGGACGGCGGGAACCUCGCUCUCCACAAGAAGAUCGCCGCCGGGCUGGUCGCUGGUGGCGUCGGCGCCGCCGUGGGCAACCCCGCCGACGUCGCAAUGGUACGGAUGCAGGCCGACGGGCGGCUCCCGGCGGCGGAGCGCCGCAACUACCGCGGCGUGGGCGACGCCAUCGCCCGCAUGGUGCGCAGCGAAGGGGUGGGCAGCCUGUGGAGGGGCUCCUCUCUGACGAUCAACAGGGCGAUGAUCGUGACGGCGUCGCAGCUGGCGACCUAUGACCAGGCGAAGGAGGCGAUCCUGGAGAGCGGCGCCAUGGCCGACGGCCUGGGGACCCACGUCACCGCCAGCUUCGCGGCGGGCUUCGUGGCGGCGCUGGCUUCCAACCCGGUGGACGUGAUCAAGACUCGCGUCAUGAACAUGAAAGUGGAGCCCGGGGCGGCGCCGCCGUACGCCGGAGCGAUUGACUGCGCGCUGAAGACGGUGAGGGCGGAGGGGCCCAUGGCGCUGUACAAGGGCUUCAUCCCUACCGUGUCCCGCCAGGGGCCCUUCACCAUCGUCCUCUUCGUCACCCUCGAGCAGGUCCGCAAGCUCCUCCCCAAGGACCUGUAG